AUGGCGUUUAACUUUGCCAACUUGACCAAGGACUUGAAGCUGUUGAGCGACCGUGUCAGCAGCGAGUUCAGCUCGGAGGUGUUGCCGUUUGCCCAGCGCCAGGCCCGUAUCGUCCAGGAGCGCUUGGGUAAAGUGCCCGAGGACGAGAUCUCGCAAUUGCCCCUGGAAUACACCGACUUGGCCGCCAAGUGCAACAACAUCGAGCAGCUCUACAAGAACUUGUUGAAGGUGACCUCGGUCUACAGCAACGAGUCCUACGACUACCCGGGUAACCUCCAAGAAAGCCUUGGGGAAAUGGGCCGCGACUGGGGGAGCCGGGUGCUGAACUUGAGCAAAGCCACUACCCCUCAGGAAGCUCAACAGGCGUUGGUUAACCCCGGAACGGGUGACUUCCGACCGCCCAAGACGUUGUACCACGCGUUGCUGAGAGCUUCUAACCCUGACCAAUUGGCGACUCCUCAACAAGAGUUCUCGACGUUACCGCAAAACCCUGAAGACCCCUUGGUUAAAGGGUUAACGAUCUACUCGGAAGGCAUGAACAAGAUCGGCAACGCUCGUUUGGGCCAAGACCAGCUCAUUUGCACCAAGUUCAACGAGCCUCUUACCACCACCUUGCGCCAGCUUAUCUCGCAGCUGAACAACAUCCAGAAGAAAGUGGAGCAGAAGCGUAUCGACUACGACCUUGCCCGGCUAAAUUUGGCCUCGUGCACCGUGGCCACUAAGGAGCCUCAAUUGCGGGUGGUGAUGGAGAAUGCCGAAGACGAGUUUGCUAAUACCGUCGAGGACGCCAUCAACAUCAUGAACAACGUGUUGGCCAACGCCAAACCCCUCGAAGAGUUCCUCGAGUUGAUUAAAGCCCAAUUAGCUUACCACAAGUUGGCACUGGAACUUUUGGGGACGAUGACCACUCAGUUCGAGCAAUUGGUCGAGGAGAACCACGACCAGGACGUCACGGCGCCGUCGGACUCCGGCGACUUUGAUAUUUAG